AUGCAUGUCCUCUCUGAACCGGAUGUGUCCAAGAUCUUCGGCGGUCUAACACAACAACAAUGCCACGCCUUUGUCUCACUCCUGAGCAAUGCUUUGAUCAGAAUCACAAAAGAAUCAAAACCCUCGACUCCAGCAUCCGACAAAAGAAUCCAUCAACCUCUCCGCACUGUCUUCACCACCAGUGAUGACAACACCUACAUCUUCAUGCCGGUAUCGGACACAGCAUCCACCGGCAUCAAAGUAGUGACAGCCAGCGCCAAUGGAAUCCAAGGUGUAAUCAACAUCUUCAAUCCCGAAGGCCGUCUUCAAGGCCUCAUCGCCGCAGCAGAGGUAACAGCCUUCCGCACCGCAUUAGCAACAAUGACCCUCUUCGUGCGCUGCACGACCAUUCCCAAGGACAACAUCCUUGUCCUCGGCAGCGGCCGACAGGCAGAGUGGCACGCUCGUCUCGCCCUCCUUCUCUAUCCGGAGCAAAUCCGCCGCGUAACAUUCAUCAACCGCGGCGCGAAAAGGCUGCAGGAGAUGGAAAAAGGAGUUGUUUCCACGCUGCGCGGCACUUACCCCGGUGUGGUCUUCGAGAUGUUGGCCAAGGAGGGCGUAUCAGACUACGAGCAGCGACUUGGCGAGAAACUUGCUGCUGCCGAUGUCAUCUUUAGUUGUACGCCGGCGACGGAGCCGAACUUUGGGUUCGCGGCGCUGCAGACUAACCCCAAGCAGCGUUUUAUCUCGCUUAUUGGCUCGUACAAGCCGAAUAUGCAUGAGGUUGAUACUGAGACGCUGCUUUCGGGUGGUGGGAAGGUUUAUGUUGAUUCUAAGUCGGCUUGUCUGGAGGAGGCGGGGGAAUUGAUCUCUGGGGGUGUUGGGGAGGAGGCGUUGAUUGAGAUGGGAGAUCUUUUGGGGGCGGAUAGCACCGCAGAGGGAGCGCUUGAUGUCCCUGCUGGCUGUAAUGUUGUUUACAAAGGUGUUGGUAUCGCACUCAUGGAUCUCGUUGUUGGGAAGAAGGUGCUUGAUGUUGGGGUUGAGAUGGGACUUGGAACUCAUGUCGAUGGGUUCUGA